CAACUCCCAGCCCCACCUUUGGAGGCUUGCAACCUAUAUCAUCUCCCUAUGCUCGUCUUCCCACAGCACCGGGAGGCUUGUCCCGCCAGCUGUGACCCAACACUUCAUCGCGUGACCCCGAGCCUCUCGCGUUCCUAGGGUUGGGGUCCUCGACGUACACCCGCUUUGGGGGUGGGAACGCCCGGAACUUCCCGAGAUUGCUUUAAUAAAUGAGGACUAAACCAUGCCUGUGCCUGUCUUCUCUCUCCCAGUGCCCCUUCGCGCCCUGGGGGGACACACGAGUCCCGACCUCCAGAUCUCUCCUCUCGCAGGACCCAAGAGUAAGUCAGGAUCCCCUGCUCCCUUCUGACCCCAAACCUAAGAGUCUGAGCGCCUACUGCGCUCCUGCUCCGGGCCCUCAGAACUACCGUCCCUUCAAGGACAUGAUUCUCCCUUGGGGUCAGCAGCUCCGCCCCUUACUCACAGCAUUGUGACCUAACAGCUGCGACAGCCAAUGGGGCGCGACGGCGCCGUAAAGCAGGAGGCGGGCGCCGGAAGUGCUCUUUGCCGAGCUCUGCCGCGUCUCCCGAGUGCGCUGAGGCGCCGCUUGGUGGGGUUUCGCGGCGUGCGCCCUGGACCCAGCUGCUACCAUGAGCCGACAUAGCCGGCUCCAGAGGCAAGUUCUGAGCCUGUACCGCGAACUGCUGCGCGCCGGGCGUGGGAAGCCAGGGGCCGAGGCGCGCGUGCGGGCCGAGUUCCGGCAGCACGCCUGCCUGCCACGCUCUGACGUACUGCGUAUCGAGUACCUUUACCGCCGCGGGCGGCGGCAGCUCCAGCUGCUGCGCUCAGGCCACGCCACGGCCAUGGGCGCCUUCGUGCGUACGCGUGACCCGACCGAGGAGUCCUGCGGCGCCGAGGCCCCAGGGACCCCGCCUGGUGAAGGUCCGAAGAGACCGCUGGACAGCAUGGGGGCACCGGGUACCCCGUCCAGUGAACGGUGACCGGCUAAAGGGCUCGCUCGAUGGCUCAGGGGAACUGGGGGGCCCGCCUGACUGCCUGGGAGGCCCAGGAAACACGCUUGAUGGAAAGUGAAAGGGCUUGAGAGACUGGAUCGACAAAUUGGGGGAGUUGCAGAGCCCUCCUGGCAACGGGUCAGAUGGCGAGAGAUGCCUGACCUUGCCUGCUCACGGCUCGGGGCGGCCUGGGUCGCCCGCUGACUGGACUGUCAGGCUGAGAGCUAUUUAUCCCAAGGCCUGGGGAGCCGGGACUCCCCGCUGUUGGACGGAAAAAGACCGAGACGCCUUCUCUUGACGCCUGAGAACGUAUCACUCCUGGUUCCUCAAGGAGACUCUCCUGGAUUUAACUCUUAGAAGAGCAGACUUUUUGCUGAGGAGUUUGGGAAGAUGUCCUGGUGGACGGUGAAAAGCCUGGAAUCCUCCUUAAGAAAAAUCUUUCCCCCGUUGUUACAGACUGGGACCAGUGAGGAAGGGGCUAGGGGUCUUUCACCCCAGUUAAUCAACUAAAGACCCCCGUCGAGACCUCUACGUCAUGGUUCUGAGGGGACCCCCAACUCUUGCUCCUUUCCUUGCUCAGGGCCACUGGACAAAGGGAAUAAAAUGGGGGAUGUGCUUACUUCCCUGUUGAUGAUCUUAAA